CCUCAACACAGAAGCUGCUCCCUCCCUCUGACUCACGACCCGCAGCCAAGCCCCUUGUAUGCUCAGAGCAGCGCUCAUAUCACGUAGAGCUCUUUGCCAUCCAUCGCUGCGUCCACGAACUAUCAAACCUAUAGCUUGCAGCGCCGCUGUUGCCUCUCCUCAUCCCUCCUUGCCUAUUCGCACGAUGACCACUGCAGCGCUGGGUCCAAUGGAGCUCCAGCUUCAGCUCGAAUCGCAAGCAGAGAAGGUGCGGUCUCUCAAGACAUCCGGCGCUCCCAAGGAGCAGGUCGACGAGCAAGUGGCUCUCCUUCUUGACCUCAAGAAGAGCGUCGCCUCAUUGUCUCUCAGCGGCGCUCCAUCCACUGCUGCCAAGAGCGGCAGCAAGCCGUCGGGCUCGUCGUCUUCAAAGAAGGACAAGGCAGCGGCAUCCGCUCCUGUCAAAUAUACGCUGAAGACGCCCAAAGGAACCAGAGACUGGGACCCCCUCUCGAUGUCUCUGCGCUCCCACAUCUUCAAGGUCAUCGAGGCGGUAUUCAAGACUCACGGAGGAGUCACAAUCGAUACCCCCGUCUUCGAGCUCAAGGAGAUUCUCAGCGGCAAGUACGGAGAGGAUUCGAAGCUUAUUUACGAUCUACAGGACCAAGGAGGAGAACUCUGCUCGUUGCGAUAUGAUCUAACAGUUCCCUUUGCAAGAUUCGUCGCGAUGAACCCAUCCGAGUACGGCUCAAUCAAGAGAUACCACAUCGCCAAGGUCUACAGGCGAGACCAGCCUGCAAUGGCAAAGGGUCGAUUCAGGGAGUUCUACCAGUGUGACUUUGACAUUUCCGGUGUCCAUGAUCCACUGCUGCCAGACUCGGAAAUCCUCCACAUCCUGACCAAGACGCUGCUGGCUCUGGGGAUCAGGCAGUUUACCAUCAAGCUGAACCACCGUGCCAUCCUAGACGGGCUCUUUGCUGUCUGUGGUGUGCCAGAGGACAAGAUCAGGACGAUCUCCAGCGCAGUGGACAAGCUAGACAAGUCACCUUGGGCCGAAGUGAAGAAGGAGAUGCUGGAAAAGGGCCUAGACGAGGGCUCGGCAGAUCAGAUCGGAGAAUACGUCGGCAAGAAGGGAAGUCGGGAGCUAGUGGAGGAGCUGCUGAAGGACGAGAAGCUCACAAGCAAUGCAUCGGCGAAGAAGGGACUGGAAGAGAUGAAGGUAUUGUUCGAGUAUCUGGACGUCCUCGAGGUGACUCCGAGGAUUUCCUUCGACCUCAGUCUAGCUCGGGGCCUGGACUACUACACUGGUAUCAUCUACGAAGCAGUCACCGAAGGAAGCGCUCCACCCCCCAAGCCUGCCGCAGGCGAGGAGCCAGGGUCCGCUGGAGAGGUUGCAAGUGACUCCAAGAAGAGCAAGAAGUCGAAGAAGGCCGGAGAUCAAGACGACGACGAUGCCUCGGCAAGCGUGGGAGUCGGAUCCAUCGCCGCCGGUGGAAGGUACGACAACCUUGUCGGCAUGUUCUCCGGCUCGGGAGCUACCGCCAGUGGCAAGGCGCCUAGCGCUGGUCAGGUGCCUUGUGUGGGCGUGUCCAUCGGCGUUGAGCGCGUCUUCUCCAUCAUGAUGGCCCGCUUGGCCAAGCUACGGGAGCAGGAAGGAGCCGAUGCCUCUUCCUCCGAGGUACGCUCAAAGGAGACGGAAUGCUUCAUCAUGUCCCUCGGCAAGGAGGGUAUGGUCAAGGAGCGUAUGCACGUCGCGCAGCUCCUCUGGUCCGCUGGCAUCAAGGCCGAGUACAGCUACAAGGUCAAGCCCAAGGCCCCCGCUCAGUUUGCCUCCAUUGCCCGCGAUGCUGUACCCUACGCCGUGAUCCUCGCGCCGGACGAGUGGAACCAGGAGCAGAGGACGGUCAGAGUUAAGGAGCAGAGGGGUAAAGGUUCGGAGGAGGGAGACUCAAAGGGAGAGGUAGUGCCGCUGGAUCAGCUCGUGGGCUACAUCAAGGAAAAGACCAAGGAUCGGUCUUCUAGCGAGGACAUUCUCAGAAAGGUCAUGGGAGUGGCAGACGAUGAGUAGAGACCUGCCCGCUUCUGAGAAUGGGGGGCCAGAGGGUGCGGAUGCGGGAGCGAUUGUUUUGGAUGUGCGCUCGAGAACAAUGACAUUAUCUAAACAUUCAGACAUU